CCCAACUCCAAUUGCGUGUGAACAGCAGCAGUUUGUCAAGGACCAAAAGUAUGCAGACCAAGGUGUUCUCUGUGGCAGUGCUCGCCAUUGUGGCCAUUGUGGCUAUGCUCGCUGUGCCUUCGCAGGCACGGGCCUUUGGCAUUGACGUCUCGUCGGGCGUCUCCGAGUCACAGUUUUCGUCGGGCCACCGGCAUGGUAACUUCUCCUUUGCCAUUCCGCGCAUCUGGCAGUCGUUCGGCCGCGGUGACCCCAACGGCGCCGCCAACGUCCGCAACGCGCACGCUGCUGGCUACUCCAAGGUUGAUGGCUACGCCUUUAUCUGCCCCAACGGCGGCUCGGUCUCGAGCCAGAUUUCAGGCCUCUUCUCGUACCUCAACGACAACCAUGUCAACAUCGACACUGUGUGGCUUGACGUCGAGGCGCCGUCGCUCUGGACCGGCUCGGUCUCGGGCAACCGCAACUACAUGACCGAGCUCAUCGACGCCAUGAACAAGUCCGGCCUCAAGUACGGCAUCUACUCGUCGCCCGGCGAGUGGUCGUCGCUCUUUGGCUCGUGGCGCAUCGACUUCCCGCGCUGCUGGUAUGCCACCUACGACGGCUCGCUCUCGUGCUCCAGUGAGCCGUUCCCCGGCUGCCGUCCGAUGUACAAGCAGUUCAACGACCACGACUCGUUCUGCUCGAACGCCGGCUUUUCGUGCGACGUCUCGGUCAGCUGCUAAUCGUAGCGUGAUAAAACCCACCAUUUUGGCUUAUGUCAAGGCAUGGGCCGUUGACUCU